AUGUCGACGAAUCCAACUUCCCCUCCGUUCGAGACGGUCACUGCAAAUGAUCGUGGGACGCCGGUGACGCUCGUCAAUUGCGUGCUGAUCAUCUUCUCCAGCAUCGUGGUCAUCGCGAGGGCCUUCACAAGGCUGAGAAUCACCAAUUUGAAAGCACUCGAUGAUUUCGCCAUCAUUGUUGCCCUCGCUUUUGCCAUUGCGCAAACGGUAUGCAUGCAAUUAGCGAGAAAUCAUGGGUUGGGAAAGCAUCGCGAUAUAGUGUCGUCUGAGGACUUCAUCCUAUACAGCAAAUAUAAUUAUGCCAGCAAUAUCCUCACCGUGUUGACUCUCGCCUUUGCGAAAUGCUCCGUCUUUCAGCUCAUUUUGACCAUCAUACCGAAGCGGAGAAUCCGUCUAGCUUGCCAUGCGCUGGAUGCCACUAUUGUGCUGUGGCUUCUGACCUCCAUAUUUGCGCUGGCCUUUCAAUGCGAUCUACCACAUCCUUGGCUCCUGGGCGGUGAUCGCUGUGUCAAUCUGACAGCACUCUAUGAUUAUGUCGGGAUAAUGAACAUUCUCACCGAUAUCGCUUUGAUCGUGAUCCCGUUUCUUGUAGUCUGGGAUCUGCAACUCCGAAUCUCGAAGAAAAUUAUCAUUACAAGUCUUUUUGCCGGCCGAGUUCUAGUUCCCGGCACCGCCAUUGCUCAGCUUGCCUGCCUCGAUGCUUACCUCGAUGCCAUAGGCGGAGAUCAAACCUGGCAGAAUUCUAUCCCAGCGAUCCUGAACCAAAUCAUUGUCAAUCUGAGUAUCAUCACGGCCUGCGUCCCUUCCCUGCGGCGCGUCGUAACUGACCUUCAAACCAAUCAAACCGGCCUGAAAGUCAGUGAGAACCUCGAGAUGAACCUGACCGAAGCCGCAUAUGGCAAAGAUGGAAGCCGACCGCAAACAAACAACACUCUGCAGAUGUGUUCCAGAAACGCUGGUGGAAGAGAUCGAAAAUACAACAACGACAGCAGCAGCAGCAGCAGCAAUAACAACAGAAUACUCCCUUACGGACACAACGUCGACAACCGCACGGGAAAUGUCGCUACAAUAUACUCCCUACGUGGCGAUCGCGAGAAGACGGCCGCGCGCCAGUCCAGUGAGGAGCAUUUGAGACAAGAUGGCAUCCAAUACACUAUGGAAGUCAGUAUUGAAGAGGAUGAUUUAGGAAGUCGGAAAGACGAGCGAUGGACUCCAUGA